UUGACUUUAGAAAUUGUCGGAAGUCAUUUGGAUAACUUGAAAGUUUUUAUCAUGGUGAUUUUAUAAUUAUUUUAUUUGAAAUCAUCCAAAUCCAUUAAUAAUCAUGGGUUGUGGCUGCUCAGCCGAAGGGCAAACCAUCGCCAGUUAUAUUUUUAUGUUUGAAAGAUUCGGUUCGUCAAUAGCACUGACUCUGAUUGUCUGCUGCAUGAUGCUGACAACUGUAGGCAUGCUGUCUUUAGGCAUUGGCCUGGGAUACAAUUAUUGCUUUGUCGACUUCAAAGUGAAAAAGCUUUACGAACAUGAUACUCCUAGAAGAUCUCUAAUAAGAAAAAGGAAAUCAAUUCCGGACGAACGAAAUUACACCGCAGAAUAUGACGAAGAGAAUUUCAAUAUUGAACCAACGAUGAUAAUACCUUUGGAUAGUAAUAUUAGUUUCUCAAUGCUGAUUUCGAAAAUUAAAAAAAUGAAUAAAAACGUAACAUUAGAAUUGCUAGCAACGUAAAAUUCUUUAUCUUUUCCAUAUUUGCACUCAAUUGCUAUUUGUUAUGGUAAACGUCUAAAAUAAAAUUUAUAUUAUCAGAUUAAUGAUGAUAUCAAUAAUUAAAAUUAAUAUUG